AUGUCAAGAUUACUGCGCACCGAAAACGAUUUGAUUUAUCAAAAAAAUAAGGUUAUCACUCACCCACAUAAGCUUAUCCAGCUAAGGGAAUCCAUGCAUACCCCCACUAGGUACCAUAGAUGCAAGCAUCUUCAAGCUCGAGAAUACACACGCCCCCCACGCCGCUCUUGCAGCGCCGUAAUGGGAGAAAACCCCCACGGAGUACGAGGAAGAAAUGUUGAAGAGGCACUGCGACCGUUUUGGAAACCAAACGAGCGUUCCGUGAGAUGA